AUGUUUUCAAGAACCACACGACGUGUAACAAGUCUUCGUCAAUUAUCGCUCAAAUCAUUCAAUAAUGCUUCCAUCACUGUAAACUUGAAGGAUAAGACUGUUUCCUUUGACAACGUUUUUCUUAGAGAUUCCUGUGAUUCGCCAGAUUCCGUUGAUGCUUCAACGAGACAGAAGUCUUUCACCACCGCAAGUAUUACCCGAAACCUCGAAAUUGCCGAGCCGCCAAAGGUGGUGAAUGAAAAUGGAGAGCAGAAUUUGCUUGUGAAGUGGAAGCAAGGCAAUAAAAUACACGAAUCAAGGUACCUGGAGUAUUUUUUGCAGAAGUCUCUGAGCUUGAAGGAGAGGUUCAAUGGUAAAUUCUUUCCUGAGGAGAAAGUCUAUUGGAAAAAAACUGACCUUGUGCCAAACUUGAGUGAGCUUAAAGUGGACUACAACGAUUAUUUUGCAAAGGACAACGUAUUUCAAAAAGUGGUGAACAACUUGAAUAAGUAUGGACUCUCGUUUAUCGAGAACGUGGAAGAUCCUCAGAAUGACCCCAAGUUGGGCUCAAUAAAACCGGAAAAUGAAUAUUUGUGGCCCGUGGCCAAACUAGCCUCCCGAUUUGGGUACAUCAAGAAAACUUUCUACGGGGUGCUCUUUGAUGUCAAGAACGAGAAGAACGCAAAGAACAUCGCCAACACAAAUGUUUUCCUUCCAUUGCAUAUGGAUUUGCUCUACUACGAGUCACCUCCUGGACUACAACUCUUGCAUUUUAUUCAAAACACCACUUUAGGUGGUGAAAACAUCUUUGCAGACUCCUUUGCAGCUGCCUACUCCAUCAGAGACAGAGACCCAAAGGCGUACGAAGCGCUCAAGAAAGUGCCCAUCACUUACCACUACAAUAACAACAACGAGUACUACUACUACAUGCGUCCGCUCGUGGUGGAAGACCCAUACGUGAAGAAUUUCACUACUGGUGAACCACAGAUAAAAGAGGUGAACUACGCUCCACCAUUUCAAGGGCCCUUUGAACUCAAUGCUACCACAGCAGAGGAUCCAAAACUUUGGCAGGAAUUUUUGCGUGGCUUGAGGCUUUUUGAGGAUUUCAUCAACGAUCCCCAGAACCAGUAUGAAGUUAAGCUGCCGGAGGGAAGCUGUGUCAUAUUCGAUAACCGCCGUGUUCUUCACUCAAGAAAUCAAUUUUCGGAUUCCAAUGGCGGUGACCGCUGGCUUAUGGGCACCUACGUCGACGGUGACAGUUAUCGUUCUAAACUUCGUAAAGUCAACGAGACACAAUGA